UCGAGCCAAGCAGCACGCGCGCUCUGGAAAGCUUCUACUCGGGUGUUUAACAAGGGGGAAAAGGUUUUUUUCUUUUUUCUUCUCGAGUACCGGGACGAAGUAAUGUUGUCUUGGCUCCUGCGCUCUGGAUGAUAAUGGGAUAAUUUUCCUUUGAAGCCAUCAGAUGUUUCCAGUGGUGGAUUUCACUGUUUUGGAACGUGUUUGAUGCGCAUUAACCUGUUUUUCGACAUUUCCUCCUCUGGGCUUGCCUACACACACUCUGCUUCAUUUUUUAUUUUUUUUUUUUCUGCCACUGGAAUAUCUGGAAAUUGUACCAUCUGAUUCCAUGACCUGUUUAAUAAUCAAAAGGCUUGAAUGAUGAAAAUCUUUUGAGAUGAAAAACAGCACUUUUGGGGAUAAUUUUUUGCUUGUGCGCGGCUCGUGCCUGAUCUCGCGCCUCAGCAGCCUGUUGUCUGUGUCCGUGGAGAAACGCACAACUUUGCCACGAGCUGGAGCCGGAGCUGCUGGAGCGGGGGCUGCAGCUGGUCUGAGCGGUGCGCCAGGGCCACACGCAGGGGGCCAGGAGGGGGACCAACGGAGCGGCCCCGGUGUUCGGCCGUUCUGCGGUUGUACGGGGCAUCCGGUGCAGCUGUGGAGCGCGGAUGAUGAAGACGGUGGUGACGAUGAUGAUGAUGAAUGGCUCGGCAGCUCGAGCUGGCACCGGGGUCUCGCCAUCAUUAUGUUUAGUUCUGUGCGCACUCGUCUUUCUCCCCCUGUGCGCUCGCUCGCACCCGCAGCCGUGCCAGGUGCUGAAACGGAUCGGCCACACGGUUCGGGUCGGGGCUCUGCAUGUCCAGCCUCGCUUGCUCGCCACCACCACCGCCGGCAGCGGUCCUGAGGACUGGGACAGCGAUCGAGGUUUGAUAGGGAACGGGGAGCGGCUGCUGGAGUUGGAAAAGCAGGUUAAAACAAGUGCCAGUGCGCCUGGAUAUGGAAGCCUCAGGACCAGGGGCACCGCCAAUAGCCAGCGGGGAUCCAACAGGAGUAAGAGCCAGGCACGACAGCGGGAAGAGAACACCUCGAAGGAGAACCGCGUGUUCGCACCCCGCGACUCGGUCCUGCUCGCGGUCGAGGCUCUCAACCGGGCCGGAUUGCUGCCAUACAAUUUAUCCAUGGAGCUUGUCAUGGCAGUUGGGUCCGGACUCGGCGAGCUUCCCGCGUUCUCCUCUUCCUCUGCGGGCAGCCCCGAGAUCGAGGACCCGCUGUCCUUCGUGGAGAGCGUGUGUCACACCGUGGUCGUGCAGGGGGUGUCCGCCAUGAUCGCCUUUCCACGGAACCGGGACGAGUUUGUCAAAUUGGAGUUCGUGUCACUUGCGCUCCGGGUGCCAGUAGUCAGCGUUGUGCAGAGAGAAUUUACGCGCCAGAGUGAGAAUUCUCUCCAUUUCCAAAUGGCAAUGCGGACCGUGGAGGCCCCGCCAUCCCGUCUCCUCUAUUCCCUGCUGAUGAUGAAUGGCUGGUGGGACAUCAGUGUUGUGCUCUGUCAGGAAUGGGACAUUAGCGACUUCCUCGUCCUCAUCAAGAACAACACCCGCUUCCACCUGGGCACUCUUGUCAACCUGACAACUGUCGCCUCAACCUCGCCACAGACUUCAUCUUCAUUAUCACACUCAGGAGUGGCAUCAGGUGUCGCAACAGGAGUGGAUGCGACGUCGUCAUUGUCAUCUUUACCUUAUUUCUCCCCCGCUGCCUCAUCUCCUGCUUCUUCGUCCACUUCAUCCUCCAAAUCAGACCAGCAGCAAGCUCUCAUGCGGCAGCUGGAGGCCCUGAGAGAACCUUCCUCCACGACAGGAGUGGUGACAUUUGGGUGCGAGAUCCGUGAGGUUCGCCGUCUGUGGACGCUGGCCACCCGGAUGAUGCUCCCAGAGUUUCACUGGGUUUUGGGGGACAGCCAGAAUGUGGCCGAGCUGAGAACAGAGGGGUUGCCUCUGGGGUUACUGGCACAUGGGGUCAUGGGGUCCCCUUCUCUGGAUCACUACGUCCAAGACUCAGUGGAGCUGGUCGCACGGGCGGUGGGCAGUGCAGCCCAACAGAAUCCUGCCCUGGCACUCAUACCUGGUACUACAAACUGUAUGGAUAUACAACAGAGUAACGGAAGCUCGGGGGAAUACUUGGCAAGAUUUCUAUCCAACACAUCAUUUGAGGGCCAGAGCGGUUUUAUAUCAAGAGACAGUCACAGCCAGAAUGUCAUCUCUGAGGCCCAUCACUACAUCUGGUCCCUCCAGCUGGACCCCCUAGGCCAGCCAACCUGGACCCGCCUGGGACGCUGGCGCAGGGGGAAAGUUCUGAUGGACCAGGGGGCCUGGCCAAGCCAUCAAGGUUCUGGGGUUGGAGGUGACUGGCGCCGAUCCACACGACUGCACAUGAGGGUAGUGACACUGGUGGAGCACCCGUUUGUAUUUACCCGUGAGGUGGAUGGGGAUGGGUUGUGUCCCGCAGGCCAGUUGUGCCUCGACCCGCUCACCAAUGACUCCUCGGUUUUGGAACGACUUUUCCAGAACCUUGCAGGACACAACAUAUCAGUUCCCACAGAGCACAAAAAGUGUUGUUAUGGUUACUGCAUUGACCUGCUGGAGAAGCUGGCAGAGGACAUGGGCUUCACUUUUGAUCUCUAUAUUGUAGGUGAUGGGAAGUAUGGGGGCUUCAAGAAUGGUCGCUGGACAGGACUGGUGGGUGAUCUGCUCAGUGGCGCUGCCCACCUGGCAGUGACAUCUUUUAGCAUUAAUUCAGCCAGAAGCCAAGUCAUUGACUUCACCUCGCCCUUCUUCUCCACCAGCCUGGGAAUUCUGGUUCGUACUCGUGACACAGCUGCACCCAUCGGUGCCUUCAUGUGGCCUCUUCACUGGUCCAUGUGGCUCGGCAUCUUCGUCUCCCUCCAUGUCACUGCUGUCUUUCUCACCCUGUAUGAGUGGCACAGCCCCUUUGGCAUGACGCCACGUGGACGCAACCGCGACCGGGUGUUCUCCUUCUCCUCAGCACUCAAUGUGUGCUACGCUAUUCUCUUUGGAAGAACGGUGGCCAUCAAGCCACCGAAGUGUUGGACAGGCCGCCUGCUGAUGAACCUCUGGGCCAUCUUCUGUCUGUUCUGUUUGUCAACCUACACUGCUAAUCUAGCUGCUGUCAUGGUUGGGGAGAAGACCUAUGAACAACUGUCAGGGAUACAUGACCCAAAGUUGCACCAUCCCUCUCAGGGAUUCAGAUUUGCCACAGUGAGAGAAAGCAGUGCAGAGGACUACCUCAAGAAGAGUUUCCCUGAGAUGCAUGAGUACAUGAGAAGAUAUAAUGUCCCGGCAACACCAGAUGGCAUACAUCAACUCAAGGCCGACCCUCAGCGGCUGGAUGCAUUCAUCAUGGACAAAGCUCUGCUGGACUAUGAGGUCUCCAUAGACGCCGACUGCAAAACACUAACAGUCGGAAAACCCUUUGCUAUAGAAGGCUAUGGGAUUGGCCUCCCUCAGAACUCUCCAUUCACCUCCAACAUCUCAGAGCUUGUUAGUCAGUACAAGUCAGAUGGCUUCAUGGACACGCUGCAUGACAAAUGGUACAAGGUAGUCCCCUGCGGGAAGCGCAGCUUCGCUGUCACUGAGACGCUGCAGAUGGGUAUAAAGCAUUUCUCCGGUCUGUUUGUGAUGCUCUGUGUGGGCGUGGCCUUAUCUCUACUGACCACAAUAGCAGAACAUAUCGUGUACAAGCUGGUGAUCCCGAGGGUGAAGGAACCGCGCUUCAAAUACUGGCUGCACACUAGCCAGAGAUUACACCGGGCCCUCAACUCAGUCUUCACUGAUGACAAACUGCCGACUGUUACCAAGCCUGAGAAAAGGUGCAAUGAGGGAAACAACCAGUCAGCAUCUUGGAAUCCUGCAGAGUCCUCCCACUGCAACAGACGCAGGGUCCUUCCACAAGAGAUGCAAAAUGACCUGGAACGCCCAUCUUCCCAGGAUCUUCCUCCUCCACCACCCCCAUCUCCCCUUCCUCCCCAUUCUCUUCCCCUUCUGGAGAAACACCUGCCAAUAGUAACCAACUCUAACGGUCGCUCUGACCUGUUAGGGCGGGUGUUAGGCCCAGGACUGGGGCCAGGGCAGGGGGGCUCCGGGCAGGGCAUAACAUCAGGACAGUGCCGGGGUUUGGGUGCAGGCGACUGCGGCCCCGGUCUGGGUGUAGGUAGGAACCCGCUGGUUCAGGAGCUGUCAGAACUGGAGGGUCAAAUCCUUGUAAUCAAGCAGCAGCUGCAGUCAGCCAUGAGGAGGAAGAGAGAGCUAGAACAGUACCAAUCAGAAAACCAGCAAGCAAACCAGACUGCACCCUGUCAGCCCACUAGUCACCAGUCUAACCAGUUUGGUCAGUAUACCCAGUCCCACCAGCAGACUAACCAACACACAAACACACUCCCGGAGUUUUGAAGCUUUCCUCCUUUGUUUUGCCCAGAGAAACCAGGAUAGACAUGGGACUAGUUUCCAAAACUUCCUGUAGGUUCUGGAAAAGGAUCCUUGUAUGAGGUUGUUUAAAGAUUUCUGGGCGCUAAAUCCUCCAUUGGGCUCAGGAGUUCCACUGAACACUGGACUGAAACGUUCUCCAGGGAUCAGAUCCAGCUCUGUAACUCAAGGAGAAUUUUAUUUGACUUCUGGAACAUGAGAUCUACUUAGACGGGAGGCAUUGGACAAAGGUAAACCAGGAACCCUGAAUCAAAUUUGUUUUCACUAGCUUGUUGCUGUCAUUGAAGAGCUGUGCAAACCCUCCUCUUCUUAACUUCCCUUCCCCCAUUUUCUUCACCUCCUUUUCGUCUCUUUCCGAUCCCUUCAUAUUUUCCUUUUACUACCAUUCCUACUCCUCUCUCCUUCCUCUGGUCCCGCUCAUCCCUUCCCUUUUAAGCCUUGUCUCUUCAAGGGUACAGAUUUGCUUGCCAUGAUGAUAAGCUUUAUCAUAGAUAUGACGACUCUUUGGUAUUUAAGCUUAGUGGCCUAAUUCACCUGAGUCUUAUGUUGAGACUCAUUGAAAGUGUAAAUGACCUGAAGCUGAACCCAGCCACUUAAGUAUUUAUGUCCUUGUGUUUUGCUGAAAUCUUGUACCUUUAACAGGGAAAGAAAAGAAAUACAAUUUGGUGAUCAGUUAUGACCUAAUGAUUCUGGCCUUUGAAAAUGCAUUAGAUAAUUUUUUUCUAGUGCAACUUACAAUGGGUUGGUGGAUAAGUUAUUACACUAAAGAACAAAAAAAAGAUAUAAAGCUUCAAUAAGACACCUCUAUAAUCAUCAAGAACAUCUGGUUGGCAUCUGGUGAUGGAUAGGACAAUACAAAAUGUUAUUUUAGGGAUCACUGUAUAAUGUUCUGCACUCCACCGAUGCACUUCUAGUUCCUUAAAGAAAGCUGCACCUACAAGUCAUCAUUUAACUCGUCAGAGUUUGACUUAUGGCCUGGAUGUUUUUCUUCUUCAUAAUGGUUUUGGGGUUAUAAACAACACAGGAUCUGAAGAAGAAAUACAUUAAAUGGUAACACAUAAAUCCAAGGGUCUUCAGCUUUUUCCGUCAGGGACCUAAAACAGGGCCUUUUACCCCGCCACUUGAGAUCAUAUCGGUGCUCUUGUAGUCUCGUGACACAACACAGGCCUACCAUUCCAUUUUUGGUACAAGCCCCUUGUUAAAUAGUAAACGUAAAAAUGAACAUAGACCACUAGUCAAACUCUGACAUCUUAUUUGAAUAUGAUGAUUGAUCACAACUGAACACACUGAAGCAGUCCCUCUGUGAUGAGACCUGUUUUCUUGCAUCUUUUCUGUUUACAUUUGGAUGUGUUCUGUUAUUAAAAACUUACCUCUCUUCUUUGCACUUAAA